AUGAACUGUAACAAGGAGGAAAAUUGGAAUCACUUAUUUGAAUGCCAAGCAUAUGAAUUGAUUUGGCAAAAAAUUUUGGAGAUUACAACAGAAGAAUCUAUAAUUAUAUGUUUAAAACAAAAGCAAAUUAAAUGCCAAAGUGAAGAUUUUAUUAGAAAUGUAAUACAAGAUAUAUUAGGAGUUACAGCAAAAUCAGAAAAAUUCCAAAAGUUCCAACACUUGGCAUUGGAAGUGAAAGUUGAAACUUAUUUAACAACAAAAUUACAAAAAGACUUUAAAAUAACUCUUAAUGAGGCACAGAUACUUAUGGCCAAUAUUUUAAUAAGAUUCAUUUUAACAUUUAAAGAAUUAUUAUGGAAAUCAAGAUGUGAACAAGUUAUUUUAUGGGAAAAAAGAAAGGCAUUACUCGAACAAAUAAAAUUACUUCAGAACCCAAAAUAA